GGAGCUCGUCCUGAACGGUUGUGGCGCUAAGGAUUUUUCGACUUUUCCACGACCAUCCUUUUUGUGUGUGCCCGCUGGGCUGGAAACUAACUGGCUCUCAGCACAUCGCCGUCUGCAGUAGGGACCUGUGAGGGAUGCUGGCACGGAUUUAGAAGUUAACAUUGUUACAAGAAAUGUGAUUUAAAUCCAUCAGAGUGUGUGCUUUUUGAGUGCGGAAAAUAAGGCUUUCCAGGUGGGGGCUUGGAAUUAUAAUGGAAAAACAUACCCCCAGGGGCGGAAGGAAGAAUUUUCCCAGGAAAUAACGAAGCAAAAAGGGCAAACUACUAGAGUGUGGGGCAGCACAAAAAUGUACGCAAUGAUAACGACCUCGUAGACGCCUUCAGGGCUGGAAAAAAGUAUUUUUAGCGCAGAGAUUGUAAGGAAGAGAGAAAAAAGUUUAAAAUGAGAACAUUUUCCUUCCGCACGGUGGAAAUGUUGAAUUGAAAGGUCCUUUUUCACCCUUUUUCCACAUGUGAGUGAGUGCCAAUUAGUCGUCGACAAAAUCAGAUCUUCGGGCAGGGAGUUUGUAUUUACAUUCAGCCUUGAGCUUGAGCAGUAUAGUGUGAAUUAAGGGGUGGUGGUGAUACAGAAUCAAGAACCUUGCCUCGCUGGAUACGCCUGAUACACUCUCGCAAGGCGAGAGCACAGCACAUGACGAAGACAAGGAUCAUGCCAAAGGGUAUCGACUACCGCACGCUGAUGGCACGUGGCAACCCGUCGUCGUCACGCGCCAGCGUGCACACGUUUAAAAUUCCGUCACGAAAAGCGCGUCUCAAGCUGGCCCUCAUCCUGGUCAGCGUGGUGGUGGUAUUUUUGUACAGCCUCAGCCUGCCGUGGAUCGCCGGUGGUGGCAACGGGAACGCGUACUGGGAGGAGUUCUUCGUGACCAAGGAUGACGAGCAGCACUUUAACUACAACAGUUCGUACUUUGUGAACUCGGCGGGCUGUAAGAUGCCCAGUUUGCCCAUCAUGGACGACAACAUUCAGAAGUUUAUGCAAAAGGCGGACCCGUUGAACUGCACUCCGGCGUUGAUCCAGAGUGAUGCGAACUCGAUCUGGUACCAGCUGACGGAGGAGGAUGUCGAGAAGCACUAUGAACUGGCGAAUGCCAGCAUGAUCCAGUGUUGCUAUCGGCCGUUUGAACGCAAGUCUAACAACGCGGUACGGAUCGUCGGCCAGGAGCAGUGCUUUGGGUAUGGCGAACGGGCGGAGAUCGCCAACGAGUUCAUCGCGGUCAUUUGUACGCACCCGAGUAAGAGUUCAAUCUUCUAUCGGGAUUACUUUGCAUUUGUACCGUUGAAGCCGACGGUGGAGGAGCGUUGUGAAGCGACGAGGAACGAACUGGACGCGAAGUUCGGGAAGGAGGAAGGCAGGCUAAGCGUCAUGAUUCUGGGCAUCGACAGCGUGUCCAGGUUGAACUUUCACCGCCAGAUGCCGCUGACGGCUGAGUUUGUGAUCGACAAGUUGAAGGCGGUUGAAAUGUUUGGCUACAACAAAGUCGGAGACAACACGUAUCCUAAUCUUGUUCCAGCGUUGACCGGACUGGACGUGGAAGAGCUCGCAGCGGCAUGCUAUCCGUACUCGAAUAGUACUUUCGAUCUGUGUCCGUUCAUUUGGCGAAAAUUUGCAAACGCCGGCUACCGAACGUUUUACUCCGAAGAUAGCAGCACGCUGGAGACGUUCAACUAUUUGAGAAAGGGCUUCCGCGAGCAACCUACCGAUUACUAUUUGAGGAGUUUCUUCCGACAGGCGGACUCUUCUAUCGGAUACAAUAAGAAGGUGAACGCCAAACUCUGUCUCGGAGGUCGGAAUCCAACCCAGAUCUUGGUUGAGUAUGGCAGGAAAAUAGUCACAGCAAUGAAGAGUCGGUUGAGCUUCUCCCUCUUAUGGGCUUGUACGAUGACCCAUGAUCUGCUCAACUAUCCAGCGCUUGUCGACGAAGACUACAGGGGACUGCUGGAGCACAUGGAGAAGGAAGGAUCUCUCGACAAGACAGCGGUCAUACUUUUGAGUGAUCACGGAAUCCGAUGGGGCAGCUACCGUAACACAUAUCAAGGCAUGAUGGAGGAGCGUCAACCGUUUCUCCAUCUCAUUCUUCCACCGUGGUUCCAGCAAAAGUACCCAACAGCGUAUCGCAACCUUCGCAAAAACCGUCAACAGCUCACGUCACAUUUUGACCUGUACGAAACGCUCAAAGAUCUUGUGGACGUCACAACCCUCUCUCAAUCCGCCAUCAAACAGCGGUCGUACGAACUGCUCGAAACCAAACCAGUUCCCCGUGGAAUCUCCCUAUUCCUCCCAAUUUCACCCAGCAGAACCUGCGAAGACGCUGGGAUCGCACCCCACUGGUGCACGUGCCACGAUCACAAACCGCUUCCAACCAACGACCAUCGGGUCGUAACGGCCACCCGCUUCACCGUGACCAGCCUCAACCAAAUGCUCAAAAAGUAUCCCCAGUGCAGCACGCUCCAUCUGUACUCGAUCGAGGACGCCAGCCUGGGAAUUUCAACCGAAGAGAUAAUCUCGAAAAAACCAACGAACCAGUUCAGUGACAUUAGCGUCCGCUUUGUGACGAAACCGGGCGAGGCGGAGUUCGAAGCGACGGUCCGGAUCGAUUCCCACAAUCAGUGCGCGCUGACCGGAAGCGUAAGCCGGACGAAUCUGUACGGCAAGCAGAGCUACUGCGUGGAUGAUUACCGGAUGAAGCUGUACUGCUUUUGUGCGAGAUGAACAGCUUGAACAGCUCAAUGGUUAGAACAACGGGUCAUGGAAACUAUUUUCUUCUUCGAUAUCGUACUCGUGUUAGAUGGUAGGCUCGGAACAAUACCCAAUAAUCAAAAUACUUAACAUAGAACAGUGCGCGUGCAGUGAUUGAGUGAUUGUGAUCAGUAAUACGCAGUGAACACACGUGUGUUCGAUCAUUUUGGUAUACCACAUGGAGAGUGAGCAUUUUCUAGUUACAUUCAUUUUGAAGAAUUUUUUAUGUUUUUGUUACUUAAAGUGAAUAAAACAUUAUUUUUUAUCAAUGUG